CCGCUUCCGGUUCCGGUUCCGGUCCUUGGUGCGCAGGAACUCCCUGAAGGAGAAAGGGUUGAGCUCCUCACCGUCUGGGGAGUCCAGCAAGAAGUUUGGUCCACGAAACGGAGCCUCCAGCAAGUUUCCAAGCAACCAAACAUUGGAGUGUAAAAACCCAAAGCCCAACCUUCGCUGAAGAUCAAAGUCUUGCCGCGGCUCCCGCGUGUGGCCAUGGCGACGCCGCACCGAUCAUCGAUUAGCGAUCGUCGCCCGUCCGCCGAACCCGGAAGUCAGUAGCGAGCGGCCGCAGCCUCACGUGACCGAGCUUCUCAUGUGCCAUUGGUCGACUCGGCCAACGGCACGAACGUUAGGAAAAGCAAGUCUUGUGCUUCCUGUGAGGCUCGCGCUUAAACUCGAAGGAAAAACACAGCGUACGAGCGCCAAAUAAGCUCCAAUGUCCCAAGAGAUUCCAAAUGAGGGGGACCGGCCCCGGUCCCAGUCCCCGUCCCAGGCCCGGUCCACCCUGUCCCCCUCGCGGCCCCGGUCCAAGUCCCAGAGCGGCUCCGGCUCUUCCGGCGGGCCCCCGUCCGGCAGUCAGUCGUCCGGCGGCUCCGGGACGCUGAGCAGCGUGGACACGCUUCCCGUCACCUUGCCGUCCGUCCCCGAGGAGCCCGAAUGCCGACCUUGGGGCCGCCUGCUGCCCAUGCAGAACGGCUUCCGCGCUCACGAUUGCGUGGAGGACGAGUACUUGUUCGGCCGAGACUCCAAAUGUAAUUACGUCCUGGACGAUCCCGAUCACAAAGGAUCCUUGCGAUUCCGAAUUUACAGCAAGAAACACUUCAGGAUCUACAGGGAGGGCAACGAGGCGUUCAUUCAGGACCUCAGUAACAACGGGACCUUUGUAGACGGGGACAAAAUCGGACGCAACAAGAAACUCCCUCUGGUCAACAACGCCGUGCUGGCGCUCUCGGAGCAACGCAACAAAGUGUUCGUCUUCAUCGACCUGUCCGAAGAAGAGUCCGCGUUGCCCGGCGAGCUUCGCGACAAAUAUCUGCUGACCCGGCGGAUCGGGACGGGCGUGUGCGGGGAGGUGAAGCUGGCGUUCGAGCGGUCCACGUGUCGAAAGUUUGCGGUGAAAAUCAUCAACAAGAACAACUUCAAGUCCGAAGGGGCGAGUAUUCGCCGUAUUCUCUCGUCUCGUCGGUCCGCGCCUCGACCCCGCCCCCUGACCUUUGCGCUCGUCCGAUCGCAGACGGCCACGAGAAACGCCCGAACGGAGAUCCGAAUUCUUCAACGGAUCGAUCACCCGUGCCUCAUCAAGACGCAGGACUUCUACCAGACGGACGACACCUUCUACAUCGUGUUGGAGUUGAUGGAGGGCGGCGAGCUCUUCCAGCGCCUGAAAUCUCAACAGCGACUCGGCGAGGACACGGCCAAACUUUACUUUUACCAAAUGCUGAAAGCGGUGCAGUACCUGCACAGCCGGGGCAUCAUCCACCGCGACCUGAAACCGGAGAACAUCCUUCUGUCCUCGCAGGACGACGACUGUCUCGUCAAGGUCGGUGGGCAUCGUCACGGCAACGCUCAAAGGCAGAGUCACGUGACCCUUUCGCGCGCGUCAGGUGACGGACUUCAACCAGUCGCGGAUCCUGGAGGAGGCGGCCCUGAUGAGGACGCUGUGCGGGACGCCGGCCUACCUGGCGCCCGAAGUGUUGACGCACGCCACCGCCGGCGGCUACGGCCUGCCCGUGGACGCCUGGAGCCUCGGGGUGCUCCUCUUCGUCUGCCUGUGUGGGUACCCGCCGUUCCACGAGAACUUCGCGGCGCUGUCGGUCAGCGAGCAGAUCGUCCGAGGCCAGUUCACCAUGGUGCCGUCCAAGUGGCGCCACGUCUCCGACCGGGCCAAGGACAUGGUGAGGAAGCUUCUGGUGGUGGAGCCCGCCAAGAGGAUGAGCAUCGACGACGCGCUCCGGCACGCCUGGAUGCAGGACCCUGUGAUGUUGGAGAAGGCUCACGCGCUGAUGUAUCCACCUGGAGAUGCCGAGCAUGUUGCCACGGAGGCGGAGCCUACGUCGUCGUCGAGGAAACGGCGGCGAGAAGACCAGGAUGACUAGCGGCGGCCUGCCGAACGAGCUCCGCCCGCCGGCUGAAGCUCGAAUGGGAAAAAAGGACAAAACUAUUGCAAUAAAGUCGUUGAUUUUUUUUUUUACAUUUGCCGCUACUUGAUGUCACUUCCUGUUCUCGUCUGAGUUGUCGUCAUGGCAACUGUAUAUUUAUCAUGUGAUCCGAGCGCUGACGGGAUGAUCGGGAAGCUUUUCACUUUUUCCCGAUUGCUGCAGUCGCCUGUCACGUCUGGCCCCGCCCCCGGCGACGACAUCAAAUACAAAUCAAUACAUUUCAAAAACAUUUUUUUUUUUUAAAUGAAGGAGAUUGAUCAUUAAAAAUAAUCAACUAUGUGAAACAAUAUAUUAAAAAAAUUGUAAGAAGGGAAAAAUAAGUACAUUUAAAAAUAUGAAUGCGAAAAUAUAAAUGUAAAAAUAGCGGCGCCCACCUCAGCCGACUUCGGGCGAGAGCCAAU